AUGCCGCGCUCCUUCCUGGUGGACUCGCUGGUGCUGCGGGAGGCGGGCGAGAAGAAGGGGGAGGGCAGUCCUCCGCCGCCGCUCUUCCCCUACGCCGUGCACCCCUCGCACCCGCUGCCCGGGCUGCCGGCCGGAGCCUGCCACGCUCGCAAGGCCGGGCUGCUCUGCGUCUGCCCGCUCUGUGUCACCGCCUCCCAGCUGCACCCGCCGCCGCCCGCCAUCCCCCUCAUCAAGGCUUCCUUCCCUCCCUUCGGCUCCCAGUACUGCCACUCGCCCCUGGCCCGCCAGCAGCACUCCGUCUCCGCCGUCAGCGUCGGGCACGCACCGGCGCUCUACCAGGGCGCCUACCCGCUGCCCGACCCGCGGCAGUUCCACUGCAUCUCCGUGGACAGCACGUCCAGCCAGCUGCCCAGCAGCAAGCGGAUGCGCACCGCAUUCACCAGCACGCAGCUCCUGGAGCUGGAGAGGGAGUUCGCCUCCAACAUGUACCUCUCCCGACUGCGGCGAAUCGAGAUCGCCACCUACCUGAACCUCUCCGAGAAGCAGGUGAAGAUCUGGUUCCAGAACCGACGGGUCAAGCACAAGAAAGAAGGCAAAAGUAGCUCCCACCGGGGCGGGGGGGGCGGCCACAGCUGCAAAUGCUCGUCCCUUUCCGCCACUAAGUGCUCGGAGGACGACGAGGACUUGCGCAUGUCUCCGUCCUCCUCGGGGAAGGACGACAGAGGUCUCGCAGUCACCCCCUAACCACCCGCACACCCACCCCGGCUCCGCAGGAACUGUGGCGAAAGCAGGGGAGGGAGUCCUGCCUGCCCCGGUGCUGACACGCAGCCGAAGGAUUUUAUACUGUUUUGUAUAAUUUGUGUAAUUUACGAAGGACUUUCUCGCCUUUCUAGACCCCCGGCCCACGGGGACGGGUGUCCCGGCACCCUGGUGUAAAUAAACUCCUCCCUAGGACCCCAGGCGUCCCCGCAUAGUGCUCUCUCACUUGUCUCCCCGCAGGCGCAGCCCCGGGCCCGGGAAGCUC